GACGUUUUAACUAAUCAGCCUGUUGUCAUCGACAAUGGGUCAGGUGUCAUUAAAGCCGGGUUUGCUGGUGAUGACCAACCAAAAUGUUUUUUCCCCUCUUACGUUGGACGACCUAAACACGUUCGUAUCAUGGCCGGUGCGGUUGAAGGUGAUCUCUUUAUUGGGCGUAAAGCUCAAGAAUUACGAGGCCUUCUCAAAAUAAGAUACCCUAUUGAGCAUGGUAUUGUGUCUGAUUGGGAUGAUAUGGAACGUAUAUGGAAAUAUAUUUACGAGGAAGAAUUAAAAACUGCGUCCGAAGAGCAUCCAGUACUUUUGACUGAGGCACCACUUAACCCUAGAACUAAUAGAGAACAGGCUGCACAAAUGUUUUUUGAGACAUUUAAUGUUCCAGCUUUAUUCGCAUCGAUUCAAGCAGUGUUGAGUCUCUAUUCAUCUGGACGAACCACAGGUAUCGUUCUCGAUUCAGGUGAUGGUGUAACUCACGCUGUACCGGUUUACGAAGGAUUCGCUCUUCCUAACGCUAUUCGUCGAGUCGAUAUCGCCGGAAGGGAUGUCACAGAAUAUUUACAGUUGCUUCUUCGUAAAUCAGGUUAUAAAUUUACAACAACUGCUGAAAAAGAAGUUGUCCGUAUUAUCAAAGAGAAGACUUGUUAUAUUGCAUUAUUUCCAAUUAAGGAAGAAAAGGAUACGAAUGGAAAAUACGAUGACUUUACUUUGCCCGAUGGAAACGUUGUUAAGUUGGGUUCUGAAAGAUUCAAGGCUCCAGAAAUUCUAUUUAAUCCUGAAUUGAUCGGACUUGAGUAUGCCGGUAUUCAUCAAGUUGUCGUCGAUUCAAUUAAUCGUACAGAUCUAGAUUUAAGGAAAAAUUUGUUUGCCAAUGUUGUCUUAUCCGGUGGUUCGACACUUUAUAAAG